AAAAUAGUAGAGCUGUCACCUUUGACUCUGACGUGAAUCAUCAGAGAAGAUUUUUUUCAUGUAGUACAAUAUGAGAUGCUCCUGGUCUAUCAAACUUUGCUGGUUUUACUUUUUCCCUAUAGUUAUACCCUGGCUACUAAUAAUACUCUCAGACCGAAAUUCAACCCUUACUGCUCCCUUAAGAUCAAGUGUAAGAGUAUAUGCAUCUGCGAAGUUCAUCCGAACUGUUCCCUCCUUCCAAUGGACGAGACAACAAGGAACAGUAUUUUAUAUUAUCAUAACCAAAUCCGUGAUAUCCAGAGUACAGGUGAGCCACAGGCUGCAGGUUUGACAAUUUUGGAGUACGAUAACGAGCUUGAAAUGAUAUCCAACUGUUGGGCAGGACGGUGUAGCAACGAAUAUUCCGACUGCUUCAUGACGCCAAAAUUCAACGAGACGUCUCAGUCAGUUGUACAAUUUAUUUUAGAAGGUGGAGAGACUCCCAGUACAUUCCUGUGGAUGCACAUGAUGAGCUAUUGGCUCAAACAGGCGAGCUCCAUUUCAGUCGAAUCAUUCAAUUCACUACCAAUAGGAAAGAAAUAUGAAUUCGUUCAUAAUUUUGCGCAGGUGAUGAGCGAUCAAAUCCUUUACAUUGGUUGUGCUUGGAGUAUCACGGAUAAUUUAUUGACUUUUGUCUGCACUUACGGACCAAGAGGUCCUAAUCCAACAGAAAGGAUUUAUAAAAUUGGUAACUUCUGUUCGAUGUGUCCUGAAAACUACUACUGCGAUAAUCUGAAACCAUUCAAACGGCUGUGUAAGAGAAAAAAAGAGGUAACAGUGAAAAAAGUGCAAGUAACUACUAAGUCAUCGACAACCAGAGAAAGAACAAGAUCACCUUCAACUCGGAGCACUGGAAAAACUACGGAAAAGAUUUCGAUAAUUCCCUCAUAUAAGUCUGGAGGUGAUUACAUAGACCAUACAGUUGAAGAAAAAUCAUCUUCUGAAUCAAUGAAAAUUGAUACCCCCAUCACAACAAUAUCAGAAACACCCACAUCAGCAUUAACAUCGGCACCAACAAUAACAUCAACAACAGCAACAAUAACAUCAACAACCAUCUCUUAUUUAACACAGCCAAUGCUUCCGCCAUCUUUUCAGAGUACCUAUCAAAAUGAACGAAAUGAUUAUCACAUAUUUUUUUUGACAACUACUCCUCCAGACAUUCCUCCUUUUUUGCAAACGUUUCCGCAUCAAAUAGAUAAACCCUCUCUUUUCGAUCCUAGGGUUUUGGAAGAGUCAUAUCACACAACACCAAAAAAAAGCCAUAAUUUUAUUUAUUGGGAUUCUCAGCAGCCUAAUCUGAACACAGAACCGGCUUCACCUCAAAAAAGACCUCUUUUACCAAAACCUCAUUUACCGAAGGUCAUAACCACAUUGAGUUCCCUUUAUUUCCCAACAAAGAAGUAUCAUGAAUUUUCAGAGCCAGGAUCAGUAUAUCGAGUUCUUCCUCUACCUCCCCCUCUUCCUCCUCCCCCUCAAUUCGAAAGAGAUUCAGGAGUUUCGAAGCCCCUAUAUCCUCCACCACAACCACCUACUCACCUUGAACCAAUUUCACCACAAGGAGCUUUGACUUAUUCUCCAUCACCAAUAACUAAUGAUAUGGUAAAACCAGGCCUAACAACUCCUUGUUCAGUUGAUAAAAAUACAGGGGUUUUGAAACCUUUAUAUCCUCCACCACAACCACCUACACACCUUGAACCAAUUCCACCACAAGGAGCUUUGACUUAUUCUCCGUCACCAAUAACUAAUGAUAUGGUAAAACCAAGUCUAACACCUCCUACUACAUUUGAUAAAAAUACAGGGUUUUCGAAACCAUUCAAUCCUUCACCACAACCACCCACACAAGGAGCUUUGACUCAUUCUCCGUCACCAAUAACAUACUUCCCACCACCAUCACCAAUAACAUACUUUCCACCGAUAACACAUGAUAUGAUAGAACCAAGUCCAACUCCUUUCACUUCACAACAACCACCCAUAUCCCGUGAACCAGUUUUACCACAAGGAUCUUCAACUUAUUCUCCAUCUCUGAUAACUGUUGAUAUAGUAGAACCAAGUUCAACUCCAGUGACGGAUGAUUUAGGCAAGAAGAAGAGUGGGGGGAAUGCUGAUAGUGAUUCUAAGGAAGAAGAGAAUUCUACUUUGCCCUUAGUGACAUUUUUGUGUGUUGGACUGGUUUUUUUAAUUGUAGGAUUAGGUCUCUUUUUUUUGAUAAUGUAUACCUUGAGAAUGACUACUAUUUGUGCGACCAUACUCACUGAGGAAUCUAUAAGAGGAAACAUCUUGCUCGUAAUGAGGUUGCGUAUCAAAAGUCCUCUCAGUGGGAGGGGGUGGAAUAAUGGGAGGCCUUUGUCGGGAUUGGUGGAGGCUGAAAUUGAGGUGGGGGUAGAGAUAGUGGAGGCUGAAAUUGAGGCGGAGGAGGAUACGGUGGAGGAUAUGGCGGAUAAUGUGGCAUGUAGGGAUCUGCAGGCUGGAAAAAUGGUUUCGGAAUUCUUGGAAGUGGUGGAGGUUGUGGUAUAUAUUGAAGAAACUGUUGGGGCGCUGAAGAAGUUAACAAUGGAGGUACUGGCAACAAUGGAGGUGCUGGCACAGGAGGUGGAGGUACGUCUUGAUGGAAUGUUGGUCGAUGCGGCAUGGGAGGUAUGGCAGGAGGUUGUGAGAACUCCUGCACCUUGUAUUCUGGAGGUAGUUGAGGAAGCGUUGGAGCAGCCCUCCUUUGUCCCUUAUUGUUCCUCCAAAGACAUCUGUAAAAUCGAUUGCUCUUGUUAUACCAGAGUCAAUUGCACAGUCCUUCAAAUGGAAGACAGUGUCAGAAAUCACAUCGUGUAUUUCAUGAACGACUUGAGGGAUAUUGAAAGUAAAGGAGACCCAACACCUUCUGGAAUUCCUAUCCUACAGUAUGAUCUCCAGUUAGAAGAAAUUUCGAUGUGUUGGGCUUCACAAUGUAUAUACGAUCAUUCCGACUGUUUUGCAACACCCCUUUUUAACGAAACCUCGCAAAGUGUUGGUCUAAUGCCACUCAGAAAAGGCGAUACGCCUAUAGUCUUAUGGAACAAUAUGUUGGUUAAAUGGCUUGGUGGUGUAGAUAUUCUGAAUGCAGAAAUAAUGACCAGUUUACCUGAAGGCGAGAAAGGUGAAGAGAUGUACAACUACGCUCAGCUUCUCAGUGACAAGAUACAAUACAUUGGUUGUGCCUGGGCACUCUACAAUAAUUCUAUUGUAUACGUAUGUACCUUCGCACCAAAGGGACCCUCCCAAGGCGAUUACAUUUGCAAAACUGGCGUAUCAUGCUCCCAAUGUCCAGCUGGUCACUAUGAGAUGCUUCGGGUUUUACACUUCCUUAUUGGUUUGCUUAUAUUCUUCAGAAGAAACUUUGCUCAAUAUACAAUGAAACCAAGUUUCGAACCUUACUGUGUAAUGGGUGAUGUAAUGUGCAGUAUUAUUUGUGAAUGUAGAGUGUCAAAUUCUUGCACGAUUCUACCUAUGGACAACGAAAUUAGGUCAAAGAUUCUAUUUUCUCUUAAUCAAGUUAGAAACAGCCAAGGCAAUAGAAAACAUCAACCUUCCGGAUUAUCUAUUCUCCAGUACGAUCUUAAUUUGGAAGAACUGUCAAUGUGUUGGGCUGCUUUUUGUGACAACGGUGUCACUGACUGCUUGAGGACACCAAAUUUUCCCGAUUCUUCGCAGACAAGUGGUCAGAGGUCUAUGAAAGGAAAAUAUCCAACAAUAGACCUUUGGCAGGAUCUUAUAAGUUUUUGGUCUAAAGGAAUAGACAGUUUUAAUACAAGUGCCCUCGUUAAGAUCCCUAGCAAUGAUGUUGGUUUCAAAUUCCACAAUUUAGCUCAAAUCUUGAGCGAUAAAGUUCUGUUCGUUGGUUGUGCUUGGAGUACAUCGAAUGACAUCAUUACUUUUAUAUGUACAUAUGCACCAAGAGGGCCCUUAGAUGGAGAAGAGAUAUACAAAGUGGGACGAAAAUGUUCAAGAUGCCCCAAAGGAUAUGCUUGCAAUUACGAAAAGCCAUUCUCUAAUUUGUGUAAGCUCAACUUGGCUCAUGAAUCUAACGCAACACUCUCGAAAUAUAAGCGGAUGAACUUAACCGAUGCUAGAUCAGCUCGUAAUAAAGUAAAGAAAACGAAAAUAAUCUCAGUAGUUCUAACUAUUAUUAUUGUAGGUAUUGUAUUUUGUAUUUUUUUAUCAUUAGUAUUUUUAGUUGCUUAUUAUAUUAUGUAUUGGUAGUUGAUCUAAAAGAAUAUAUUAUAGAAUGUUAUAGAUA